AGCUGAAGAAUUCGACGUUGUAAUUGAAGUCGAUUCGUGUGACGAAGUUUUUUUUUGACGCUGAAAAAUAGCUAUUUUUUGACCUGAGAAGAUGGCGAUGAAAAGCGAUAAGCCGCAGCAACCUGAUUGGGAUGAUACCGACGAGAGUAGCGAUUCUGAAAGCGAUUCGGAGACGGAAGCCACACAUUAUAGAAUUUUUCGGUGUCAGAUAUGUGGUAAGCCGAUCGGUGAAGGGCCGAAAAAGAAAAAAUCGAAUACGACGGCGUUUGCGGUCUCGUGUGGGCACCAGUUUCACAAAAAGUGCCUGAAGAAAAAGAAAGCAGAGUUACCGUGUGAUUGCUUCGUUAAUGGCUGCCGGAAAAAUGGCAGAGUCGAUCCUGAGACGUGGCGGAAAUUACGCGGCGGUACUACCGAGGUAUCAAAGUGCGCGGAAGAAGAAAAGGAUUCCUUGCGCGAGCGGUUAAUAAAAGAAAUGCGGCAAAACACAUUGCUGAUCGAGCAAAACGAGUCGCUGAUUCAGUCGUCGAGAGAGUCGCCGCGUGCUGAAGCCGAGCAAAUUCGAGUUGAGUUAAACUGCGCGAAAACCGAAAUAGAGCAGCUCAAGUCGGAGUUGGCAGAGGUACAGCAAAGAGCUGCGACGCUAGUGGUACAGAACGAUGCGCUGUUGCUCGCGAGUCAAGGUCCAAGAGAUUGGUCAGUCGAGGAACUCUCUGAGGAGGCUUUUGCAGCCGAGGCGGAGAGACGCGGUUUCGAGUCAUCGCUGGACAGACUGAACCGAGAAGAACGCGACCGGCGCUACCGACAGUUUACGGAGAAAAUCGAAGAAAAUAACAUGAACUUCGACGAGGCGCUGCAAGCGAUAGACCGACAAAGAGUAUUCACGCAGGUCGACAGUGCACGGAUGAUGGUAUUGAUCGACAUCGACAGAGAAGCGUUGGACAAAGAAGUUAGAUUGUCAGAGGUUCUCGAUGGAAUUAGCGUGCUACCGUCAUUGACAGGUAUCUAG